AUGAUGCGCAAAAAGCGACGUUCUUCUGUGGACAAACCAAGUGAAAGCGGUGCACCAUCAGAAACGUCCAAAUCGAAAAAGAGUCGAUCAGAUGGACGCAACGCCAAGCCCAGUUGGCAGGACAACGCAGCUGACAGCGUAUUCGCUCAGAUGCUGCGGGACGCAGGAGUGGUCCUGAGAGGGGGCAAUACGCCCAACGAGAUAAAUGUGGACCAAGUGGUGUUCCAGAGGAGACUACAGCAGCACCUCAGGAAGAAUCCCCGAUACCCAAAUAUAAUCCAGGAAUUUGUUGCUGGACUGGAGUCUCACAUUGAGGACCAUCUGAACUUCAAGAACUGCCUCCUGCCUUGUGUCCGUCCCUUGUUGGAUGAGGAGUGCAGCUCUACUGGCUCUUAUCAGGAGAGCCUUAUUCGCCAUCUGCUGGGAAUUGAGAUGCUGCAGCCCUCUGUUAUAAACACCCUGUUUGAGAAGCUACCUGAGUUCAUGUUUGAUGGAAUUGGAGAGGAUGGGCUCAAUGUCCCUCGCAUGAUAAUGAGCCAGCUCAAGUGGUUAGACAUUGUCAAGGAUAGCAAGGAUUUGGCGAGUAAGUUGAUGCAGCUGGUUUCUGUGGCACCAGUUGAGAUCCAGCGUGACAUCAUCACUAGUCUGCCGGAGAUCCUGGAGGACUCUCAGCACCACGACAUUGCCAAAGAGCUCCACUCCCUGCUCCAGCAGAACACCCAGCUGACCGUGCCUAUCCUGGAUACCCUCUCCACACUCAGUCUGAGCUCUGCACUGCUGGCAGAGGUGCGUGGCGCCAUCAUGGUUACCCUCUCCGCUGUGCAGCUGGAGGACCUUCCCGUCGUGGUCAAGUUUAUCCUGCACAGUGUCUCUGCCUCAGACACCAAUGAGGUGGUGAGUGACCUGCGGAAGAAGCUGGAGCUGGAGUUGUGUGUGCUCCCCCCAGUGCUGCAAGCCUCACAGAAUCGCCUGAAGAACAAGGGGGCAACUUGCUCCUCGAGUGUCCCAGCAGCCACUGAUAGCCAGGACUGUGUUGGUCUGGUCCUGGAUGCCAUCAGAUCGGCGGUGCGCUUUCAGAAAGUGAUCCUGGAGGCUUGGCUGAAGGCUAUUGAGAGUGUUGAUGAAGCGGAAAACCACAAGGUCAUUGACCUCCUGGUCCUGUUCAUUCUGCACUCCAUUAACGCUAACAAUAGCCGCCAGAGCGCAGAGAAGGUACUGCGGCUCAAGGUUCGAGGAGGGCAGAUUCGAGAGGCUCUACUGGAGAAGACAUUCCGGGGCCAUGCCCAGGUGAUGCGGGGGUACUUCCCCUCCAUCUUGGCCCUGGCAGAGACUCUCCUGCAUUCCUCAGACCCCUGUGUGGUGCCUUUUGGAGGACACAUGUACAAACACGCCUUCGCUGCCUUUGACCCCUACUGCCAGCAGGAGGUUGUGGGCUCCCUGGUCACCCACGUGUGCAGUGGUGUGAGUGGGGAGGUGGACGUGGCCCUGGAGCUGCUGUGUGACCUGGUGACACAGAGACCAGCAGAGAUGGCUGUGUAUGCCGUCUUCCUCAAGAGGAUCCUGGACUUCAUGGAGAACAUGACGCCCCAGCAUGUCCGCAGGCUCUUCUACCUGCUCAGCUCCCUGGCCUUCAGCCAGGACCAGAGAAGCAGCCACAUCCAGGACGACAUGCACAUCGUGAUCCGGAAGCAGCUGUGCAGCGCUGCGUUUAAGUACAAGUGCUUUGGCAUCAUCGGAGCAGUCAUGGUGGUUGGCAGCAUGGGUUCCUGCAGGAGUAAAUCUGAGGCCAAUGAGAAGUCCCAAGGCAGCAGCCUGCCCAAAGAGAUGUACAGACAGGUGACGUCCCUGCUGGAGCUGGUCCGGUCUUGUAGUGAAGUGACCCCAGAGGCAGCUGCCCUGUACUAUGAUGAACUGGCCAACCUGCUGCAGACCUGCAGACUGGUCCCUCAGGUGCAGGAGUGGAUAGGGAAGAGUGUACUGGAGGAUUUUCAGGAGGACUUUGUGGUGGACCUGGGACCAGAGAUACAAGGCUCCCUCCCCUUCCCUGCGGCAGUGAUGUACAACCUGGAUGAGGAGGAGAGUCAGGGAGGGAUCGCCGUCAACCUCUUGCCUCUGCUGGCUGAAGACUUUCACCACAAGGGGGAUCCGCGGGGUCUGCUCAUUGACAAAGAGAAGAAACGUGUGUCUCCGCUGUGUCUGGCCUCCUUCUUCCGCCUGCUCAGGCUGUGCGAGGAGGAGCAGCACCAGGGCGACCUGGAGGAGAUUGAUGCCCUGCUGGGCUGUCCCCUGGUUCUGACCGACCUGGAUGUCGUGGAGAAAGCGGAGAGCCUAUCCAGGCCGGAGAGGGAGUUCCUGUGCUCUCUGCUCUUUUACACCAUCAACUGGUUCAGAGAGGUUGUGAAUGCGUUCUGUCGGCAGCAGGACCCGGAAAUGAAGAUGAAGGUGAUAACCAGGCUGCAGAACAUUACAUACCUGCAGACGGUGCUGGAAAGGUGCCUGGCAGCAACGCCUGGCUUUGUUCCUCCUCUCGCCAACUUUGACUGUGAGAGCGGAGGGGGGGUGGUCCCGCCCCCUGCCACUGCCCCUCCCAAGAAGGGCAAGAAAGAGUCCGCCGGACGGAAGAGGAAGGCCCCAGCCACUAAGAACUCAUCAGGUGACGACUCUCAGCUGGAGGAGGGAGCGGAGGCGGAGGAGACACAGCAGAUACCGACCCCACAGGAGAAAGAUAAGGAGAAGGAGAAAGAGAAGGAGUCCAAGGGAGGGGUCAGUUUGGCUUCGUACAGGCCCUUCUUCAGGGAACUGGACUUGGAGGUGCUGAACGUGCUGCAGUGUGGCCUGCUCUCCCGGUCACUGCUGGACACUGAGCUCCACAGCAGGCUCCGGGAGGAAGUGCAGCUGGGCCCUGCAGAGCUGGUCUUCCUGCUGGAAGACAUGUUGAGAAAGCUGGAGUUCAGGCUGGCCGCCACCGCCGCCAAGAGAUCCCCCUUUCUCAAAGGCAGGUCGGACAGGACCGUGGGCUUCUCGCACCUGCAGCAGAAGAGUCCCCGAGACAUCGCCAGCUGCUGCAUCCAGCUGCUGCCCACCCUCUGUACCCACCUGGAGAACUGCCACAACCACUUUCAGGCCCUGCUGUCUGAGAACCAGGGGGUGGUGGACGCCACAGGCCUGGACUUGAAAGAGCAGCAGCUCAUGUCCUCUGCGUACCAGCUGCUGCUUCAGGUCCUGUACUCCUGCUUCAGCUGGGCCGGCUUCUCGCAGCACGAGCACCGUGACCUGCUGAAGAAUGCCCUGGGCGUGUUGGCAGGGAGACUGAAGGAGGGCGAGGCAGACCUGACCCUGGAUCAGCUCACAGGACACGGCUUUGAGUACCUGCUGAACCUCCGCAGCACCCUGCCCAGCCUCAGCACCGCCCUCUGUCUCACGCAGCUUCUCAUCGCUGUGGCGGAGAGAGGAGCGGCCAACCGCAUGGCCUACAGAGAAAAGAUAGCCUCCCUGAGCCGGCACUUCCUGUGCCAGGAGUGGGUUAUGCCCGGCGGAGAGAAGGAGCGAGGCAGCAAACACAAUGACACCCUGCAGACCCUCUUGAGCAUUUAUCUGGACCACACAGACGAUAUCCUGAAGGCAAUAGAAGAGAUUGCUGGGGAGGGGUUUCCGGAGCUCAUGGAUGCCCCCAAGAAUGGCUGGUCCACAAGGUUUCCCACUCUCACAAGACAGACAUUCCUGGUGUUCUACCGGGGCAUGAUUGCAAAGCUGGAGAAGUCUGUGAGGAGGAUUCCCCCUGCCCGACAGAGUGACAGCACUGAGGUCCAGAGUGAGAAACUGCUGACCUGGAACCUGGCUGUGAGGGAUUUCCACAUCCUGGUCAAUAUGGUUAAGAUGUUUGACACCAGACCUGUUCUCAGCGUGUGUCUGAAGUAUGGUCGUCUCUUCCUGGAGGCGUUUCUCAAACUGGCAAUGCCGUUGCUGGACUUCAGUUUUAAGAAGCACAAGGAAGAUGUGCAGAGCUUGUUGAAGACCUUCCAGCUCAGCACUCGGCAGCUGCAUCACAUGUGUGGCCACUCAAAGAUUCGACAGGACACGGGGCUGACCAACCACGUCCCGGUGCUGAAGAAGAGCCUGGAGCAGUUUGUGUACCGGGCCAAGGCCAUGCUCGCGCGCAACCACUGCCAGGAGGCCUUCUGGCUGGGCAACCUGAAGAACCGCGACUUGAAGGGUGAGGAAAUCCUCUCCCAGAGGUCACAGGGGAGUGACGAAGAGGGAGAGGGUGAGGAAGAGGCCUCACAGCUCCCACAGGAACAGUCUGAGGAUGAGGUACUGCUGAUCUAG